UCCAUGCGUGCUGAGCUGCUACGUCUUGGUUGACAUUAGUCCAAAUGCAAAUGUUCAGUUUGAUGAAGUUCAACAGAAAACGAGAGAGACAGCCGCAUGCGUAGACACACACACACACACACACACACACACACACACACACACACACACACACACACACAAGAGAAUAGAUGAAGCAAGUGUGCACACUGAGCACAAUAGAAGGUAAACAGUGAUGUCACCAUAGUGCACCGAAAGGUCAAAAUGGACGAAAAGGGACAAAAGUAUUUGGACAUUGGAGAAUGUUUUACAGACGCGCAUGAGUGAGAAAGACGAUAGAGGUGAUGAUGAUGACGGAAGGGGAGGAGCUUGUGCCACCACACUUAACUUUGAUUGGUUCACUGUCGCAUGAGUGAGACGCUGCGUUCUGAUUGGCCACGAGGGAAAUAAAAUGAGCAACCGACGAUUUGAGAAGUUGAGAACUUUUUCCUCUUCAUCUCGUCAUGGCCGCUGACUGGACCGACUCUUUGAACUUUGGCCUCUCACUGGCCAAGCAGGCCAGUCAGGUGGUGAUGGAGGCGUACGAGCUGCGGACCGAAGAGUUCACGUGUAAAAGUUCUGCUGCCGACUUGGUGACGCAAAGUGACGUGAAGGUGGAAAAUUUCCUCAAGUCGGCCAUCGGCAGCAAAUAUCCACAACACAGGUUCCUGGGGGAGGAGUCGGUGGCGGCGGGCGAACGUUUAGAGUUGACCGAUCUUCCCACGUGGAUCAUCGACCCCAUCGACGGAACCGUCAAUUUCGUCCACGGGUUUCCAUUCGUGGCCGUUUCCAUCGCCUUCUGCGUCAACAGGCAGACGGAAUUCGGAAUCGUGCUGAGCUGCGUGGACCAAAAGGUUUACUACGCUCGUCGAGGGGGAGGAGCCUAUUGCAACGGACGGCGGCUGCGCGUCUCCGAACAGCAAGACGUGAGCAAAUGCCUGGUGGUGACCGAAAUCGGGGCGGAGCGCGAUGACCUCGCUCUGUCCACCAUGACCUCCAACAUCCUCACGUUACUCAAGCUGCCCGUGCAUGGGGUGCGCGCCUUGGGCACUGCAGCGGUGGACAUGUGCCAGGUUGCCACAGGCGCUGCUGACGUCUACUAUCACGUGGGGAUGCACUGUUGGGACAUCGCCGCCUCUGCCAUCAUCGUCCAGGAAGCAGGAGGUGUCGUCAUGGAUACCGAGGGCUCCCGCUUUGACAUGAUGUCACGGCGAGUCAUCGCAGCCAGUUCGUCCGUCGUGGCACAUCGGAUCGCUCGAGCGAUUCGAGCCUUUCCCUGUAGCCGUGACGACGCCGAGCCAAGCCAAUGACGCGCGGUCAUCUGUUAUGUUCGUCACGACGGCUACCGGUUGAACAAUUGGAACUGCUUGGAGGAAGAGAACUUCAGAAAAAAAGGAAAAUUUUCAGUUGCACUUUACAGUUCAAAUAAUCACAAUCAAAAUCACAGCAGAUAAUACAUAUCAUGCUCUGAAAAUAAAAACGUUACGCCCACCAACAAUUCAGUAAUGUUUGAUUCCAUCCUGACUACAUUGCUGUACUGACUUUCAUCUUGUAUUCAUAUCUGUUUUAGUUCAAAAAGUUACCAAUCAAAAUAUGCACUUUAUUUCCUGGAUCGGAACAUAACUCUUAACUACUGACACAUGACGCCUAUUUUCCGCAGGAUGUCUGUCCUUUCGUCGAAAUAACUUGAUGGAAAAAUGUUGCAAAGAGUCACAAUGUAUAAAAUA